GGAGCACACACACACACAGAAAGUCCACCCUGCUCACGUGCACAGACACACUCGCUGUACAUACAUCGAGUGGAGCAGAUCUGAAAUCUUUGCUCCUCUCGUCAGCCAAAGGAAAACACCUGCAUGGGCAAGAAAGACUGAUUUUUGCAAAUCAAAGUAUGGAAGCCAAGAGGAGGAGGUAGAAGGGACCAAAGUUUUAUCAGUUUCUGAGGGAAUCCUGGAUUUCUCAUGUUUGAGUUUUUGCCUUGGUCUUUUUUUUAUUUUUUUCCGCUCUCUCAUCUCUUGGUGACAGGAAUGUCUCUUUGAUUUUGGAUUUCCAACAGGUGAAGGUUUCUAUUUUUUGAGCAGUUUGUGUGAGAAGCAGAAAAUAUGUCAAGCGGACGGCUCAGUCACCUGCUGAGGGGAAUCCUGCUGCUCCUUCCAGCAGCAGCUGUAAUUGUAGCUGGAGCAAGGAGUAAACUUUGGGAGGUGCCCACUGGUCACUUCACAUCCUCUUCCAAUCAAACCGAGAACCUCCCACUGGAACGCUGUCAAAGCCAGUGGACAGAGGACGGAGUAAAAGUCACAGCAGAUAUCCCUCCCAAACUGGAUGGGACAUGGGUGUCGACAAGAUGUGAAGUUCGGCCCGGUCCGGAGUUCCUCACCCGAUCCUACACCUUUCACUCCAACCGUCACUUCCAGGCACUGCAGCACUACUACACUGAGAGCAGCUGUGAAGACCCGGCCUACUCCCUGAUGAUCAGAGGCAAGAUCCGCCUGCUCCAGGCCUCCUGGAUCACCCGUGGGGCCACCGAGGCACAGCACCACCUCAGCAAAGUGGGGAUUGUGGUUCACAGCGUGGCAGCCAAGCACAGGCUGGCCUCCAGGCUGCCUCCAGCCUGCGUGAGCCUGAGCCUCAAUGAAGCGGUGCCGGGAAAGCUGUAUGAGCUGUACAACACCCGCGCAGGCAGGGCAUGUCUGGCAGCCAUGGGCUUCUCUGUGACGGAGAUGGGUCUGGUACGCGUGGAAACGCAGCAUCACAGCCAUGGAGGGAAGGUUCAAGAGCUGUUUUUAGGGGAUAUUCACACAGACUGGGCCCAAAGAACCCAACACAGACCCUCAGGGUACCAGCAGCCUCUGCAGAACGCCAUGCAUCACAUCCAUCCCUGCCCUGUGUGUGCCCUGGUGUACAGAUCCUCAGAGCAGCGCCCCCCUGUGUUGCCCCGCGGUCCUGCGGUUUCUCUGUCUCUGGCAGGCCACUGGGUCAGCCUGCGCUGUGAAACCCGACCCAACGUUCUUUUCCUCACCCGAGACUUCACCUUUAACCCAAGCCAGCACGCCUGGGAAGGCAUCUACCGUCACUACUUGGACUCCGCCUGCUCACAGCCCACGUUCACCCUGAGAGCCUGGGGGCACUACGCUCAGGGAAACCCCUCGUCCAAACUCUCAGGAGCCUCCGAGUUCGUCUUCAAGGUGACGCAGGUGAGAGUCACGGCCAUGGACGAGUCCAUUGCCAAGCUGCUGAACAGCACAAGACCGGGAAAGUGUGGACGAGCGGGAGACUGGAGGGUCGGUGUGGAGCAGGACUUGACCUCCACAAACGGAUGUCCUAUGCUGGGCAUCAAGCUGCCGCAUAAGGAGUACGAGCUCUUCAAGAUGGAGCUGGAUCACAGAAAACGCCCGCUGUUAUUCACAGGGGAGAGACCGACUGACGGGUCCAGUCCAGAUCGACCAUUAAGGCGGCCCACCUCCUUUCAGGCUCCCAUGGUACUUUGCAACGGGGGGGAGACACAUCCCUCCUUCUCAACUUUUAAUAGCAGGCAAUUACAGUUAGCCAGUGGGACAGCAGGCCUGGAGAAACUGGUGUUACUGGUGUUUGGAUCAGCACUGUGCAGCUGGCUUGUUUACUAGAGACGUUCUCACAAAUCAAACCUGGUUCUCAGCUCAAGGAGGAGAUGGAUGUUUGGCAGCUGAAAUCAUCUCUUCCCUUUAAAGACUAGAACUGAAACAAGAAUCAGGGGACGUUUAAAAAGCGCUGAAAGGUUUUUCACAUCUUGAGCUCAGAUGUCACCUCAUGAGUAAAAGACUAACCUGUUCAACAAGACCCCAUUCCAGAAUGAAUUUAAAUAAGAUGGGAACGUAUCUUUGACAAUAUUUAUCCAAAAGUGCCACAAUCCAUUAAAUAAAUGAAUAAUGAAAAUAAUUAUUCCAGAUUUCUAGUGCAAAUAUCUUAGUACGCUUGAAAUAAGACAAAACUAACUUUCAAGUAGCUUUUCAGCAAGGCAAGACAUAGGAGCUUGUUUAAAGACAAUAAUUCCUUAAUAUUGAUGAAAAAGUAUUAGUUGCAUCGACAGAUUAUUUCACUUAUAGCAAGACAUUUUCCCCAUGUCUUGUUAUACAAAGGGAUUGUAAUAGAGCCACUGAAUGCACUCAAAUUCAUUAGAUGGCAGAAAUGGUUUUUCUGGUUGUUUGGAUAAAUCAAUGAGUUUCCAUUAAUCCUGAGCAUAAAUUUCAGAUGUUGCAUUUAAACUUUUUUGUUCGAAAUAUCUCAGCGAAAAGCAGAAAUCAUGGUUUUAACUGCAAAUUUGAUUUUCUGGACAAGACUGAAGAAAAAAAUAACUAAGUAGAAGGCAAGAAGAUUUAUAGCUUUCAUAGUGACUGAUCUCUGUAAUCAUGUAUAUAAUGGAUUAUUUGUGUAUAUAUUUCAAGAUUUAAUGACACCCAGAUAUUGAUUAAAUUACAUAUUUAUUAGUGGAGUAUGGCACUUUUGGACCUCCAUAUAUUUUGGCUUUGGUUUGGAUUGUGCAGAUGUUUUCCUCAGAUGGCUCACCUGCAUUUUUGAAAAUCUAAGAAUGUUUGAGGUGUGAUAAUUAAACAAAAUACAAAUACUGACAUGAGCCAGUUCCACAUUAAAAUUUAAGAGGUGCAUAUUAGUUCAAUUCACAUUUACCAGGAGACACCAUAACUAAUUCAUUUUGUACAGAACAUUUUUAUUCUUCAUUGAUAAAGACUAGAUAACCACCGUCACUGAUCCACAGACACUGUGGAUUUAAAUGUUAUUUUAUCUUGAUGCCUUUCUACCAGCAAGGUAAUCUAAUCAAAUGAGUAUUUAUUUUUACCAUUUAUUUUGUAUAUUUACACACAAAGAGAAUUUUUUUUUUUACUAAAAUGGUUCCCUUGUCAUUUAAUAUUUUGUAUGUCCAUUAAAAAGGACUUUUAAUAACA